CCAAGAUCGCAUCCAGAUAUCCAGAUGCAAGUCGAUACACACAUAUAGGGAUCGUUGUUCCAUCGCUUUCACACAUGCCGUAGGCCGGAUCGGUCUCUUCUCCGUCAUUGUGGACUCCACUCGACUUCUGACAACGCUCACGUCAUCCUGUAACCAGUGACGCAUCGGCAGUCAGAUCGCCCAGCUGCGAAGCGUCUCGGUUGAGCCUUCUACGCAAACGUGCUGGAGCGUGGACAGAUCUGGUGCAACGAGACGAAGCAUCAGCUCGAAACCUGCAGCAUAACCAGCAGAGUGGAAGCGGUCUACUCUGACCUAUACGCGACCGCACAAUGUCGCGUCCCCGAUUCUUCACCGCUCCUCGGAAGGGAGAGAAUUUCGAGCUCAGGGCGGAUCUCAACUCAGAGUAUCGAGACAGGAGGAAGGAUGCGAUCAAAAGAGUCAUUGCGAACAUGACGGUGGGCAAAGAUGUGUCGGGACUGUUUCCUGAUGUGCUGAAGAACAUGCAGACGGAAGAUCUGGAACAGAAGAAGCUGGUCUAUCUAUACCUGAUGAAUUACGCAAAGACGCAACCGGAGCUGGUCAUUCUGGCCGUCAACACUUUCGUCAAGGACUCAGACGAUCCGAAUCCUCUUGUCCGGGCGCUGGCAAUCCGGACAAUGUCGUGCUUGCGAGCCGAGAAGAUCAUCGACUACCUCUCUGAUCCCCUGUCAAAGGCUCUGAGGGACGAUAAUCCCUAUGUUCGAAAAACCGCUGCUAUCUGUGUCGCCAAGCUGUAUGAGAUGAAGCCAGAGAUGGCAAUCGAGGAUGGGUUCGUUGGGCUGUUGAGGGAUUUGGUUGGAGACGCGAAUCCAAUGGUCGUCGCCAAUGCCGUGACAGCAUUGACAGACAUUCACCAAACAGCGCUAGAGGCUGAUCCAUCCGGCCAGACAGCGCUAUUCGUCAUCGACAACAGCAUCCUCGCGAGACUUCUUAUUGCGCUUAAUGAAUGCACUGAAUGGGGACGAAUCGCCAUCCUCUCCAGCCUUGCAAGGUACAAGCCUGCCCCAGGAGAAGACGGAGACAGGGAUGCAGAGCACAUUUGUGAACGCGUCGUGCCGCAAUUCCAACAUGCCAAUGGCAGUGUCGUGCUAAGCGCUGUGAAGGUUAUCAUGAUUCACAUGGAUCGGGUGCAGAAGCCAGAAUUCGUCAAGCAGCUAGUUAGGAAGAUGGCCCCUCCUCUAGUUACACUGGUCUCAUCAGCACCGGAAGUCCAGUGGGUGGCAUUGCGGAAUAUCAACCUAAUCCUACAGAAGCGACCAGACGUCUUGUCGACAGAACUGAGAAUAUUCUUCUGCAAGUACAACGAUCCAUCCUACGUCAAGCUAGAGAAGCUAGGGAUCAUGAUCAAACUGGCAAAUGAACGAAAUGUAGACAUGCUGCUAAGCGAACUGAAGGAGUACGCCUCCGAGGUAGAUGUUGACUUCGUCCGUCGCUCGAUAAGGGCAAUCGGGCAGUGUGCCAUCAAGAUCGACGAUGCCGCAGAAAGAUGCGUGCACGUGUUGCUAGACCUGAUAGCUACGCGUGUCAGCUAUGUCGUACAAGAAGCUGUUGUGGUUAUCAAGGACAUUUUCCGAAAGUACCCGUCAAAUUACGAAGGCAUCAUCCCGACGCUGUGCUCCAACCUCGAAGAUCUGGAUGAGCCUGAAGCAAAAGCCUCGCUCAUUUGGAUCCUCGGAGAUUACGCCGAGAAGAUCGAAAACUCCGACGAGCUCUUGGCAAGCUUCUUGGACAAUUUUGUCGACGAGCAAUCACAAGUGCAAUUCUCGAUACUGACUGCUGUGGUCAAGCUCUUCCUCAAAAGACCUGACGGCAGCCAGGGCUUGGUACAAAGGACUCUGGAACUGGCGACCAAGAGCGCCGAUAAUCCAGACCUCAGAGACAGAGCCUUCAUCUACUGGAGGCUGCUGAGUAGCUCAGACACCGGCGCUGGAAAAUCCAUCGUCCUCGCAGAUAGACCGGCAAUAUCGAUCCCACUCACUACAAUCUCGCCUGCUUUGCUUGAAGAGCUCAUCGCCGACUUGUCAUCACUUGCUAGCGCCUACCACAAACCUGAGUCUACAUUCAUCGGGAGGGGCAGACUUGGAGCGGAUGCAAUCGCGAAGAAGCGAGAAGAGGUCACCCGAGAGAAGGCGCUGGCCACCGUUGUGCAAGGCCAAGGAGCGGAGAAUUUGCUGGAUUUCGAUGCAGACGAAGAUCCUGCUGCCGCGGCUCCUGCUCCCACAGGAGGCCUUGGAGGCCUGGACGAUCUGAUGAUGUCGGAUGAUACCGCAUCAGCUGCGACCUCCUCGGCGGCUACCAGCAAUGCGGCCUCGGCGCAACAACAGCAAGCAUCGCUAAACGACCUCCUGGGCCUGUUUGAUGCUGCCCCGCCAACUUCUGGAACAGGCAACACUUCUGCACUGGACUUCCUCAACAGCAUGCCCAGCGCACCCACUGCGGCGCCUGUAAGAAAUCAAGCACCGGCGCAGCAACAGGGAGGCGAUCUGUUGGAUCUCAUCUGAGAGAGAGCCACUUGCGGUUUUGUGAAAUGCUGCACCGGUGCUCUCGCUUCCAUGGACCUUCGCAAUGCUAUGUAUGCAGGCCUGCUUCUUGUCAUGCGCCUGGUGUCAGAUGUGAUGCCGCCCGGCUCCCAGAAAGCGAUGACAAAAGUGUCAGCAGUCUUCUGCCAUGACACGGUCGUCCCAGCACCUCCAUGCCCUACUCAGCAUGUGCUCCCAUGUAUACCUAUCACUCUUUCACGAUUGAGCUGCUGUGCCACUUACGACUCGUACUUCGGUCGCCCCAAAUAAACGCUG